AUGGAAGAGCUCAUCUCCCCAAUGGAAUACCUCCUCCCCCCCUCCUCAUCCUGCUCCCCUCCACACCCCCCGCCUCCACCCCCCUUCUUCUCCAUUCACCCCAUUACCCCCAUUACCGUCCAGUUAUCCGAACCUCCGCCGCCGCCGCCGCAGCCCGCCCUUCAAUACCUUCUUCACUCCCUACCCCAAUGGUGGACCUACGCCAUAUUCUGGCGCGCCUCCCCUGAUCGCACUCUCCUCUGCUUCGGCGACGGCCAUUUUCGCGGCACCCGCGACGACGACCGGAAGCACUCAGCCGACGCGGCCUCUGUAACUGCCGCCGGUGAUCUCGCUAACGACAGUGACGACGCUGAGUGGUUCUACGUGGUUUCCUUAACUCGCUCUUUCUCAGUAGACUCCGCGACGGCACCCGCUCGCGCUUACACAUCCCUGGCUCCUGUCUGGUUAGCCGGCGCUCACGCUCUGCAAACCUGCGGCUGCGAUCGUUCCAGUGAAGCGCAGCUGCACGGCAUUGAGACUCUCGUCUUCAUCCCCUCCGCUGGCGGCGUUCUGGAGCUCGGCUCCGGUGAUGUCGUCGGUGAGAGCUGGGCACUCGUCGAGCAAGCUUCCCUUUUGUUCGCCACCGAAGACGUUGAUCCCGUUCUCUCUGCCGUAAACAAGGCUCAAGUCGGGAACUUGGCCGGUCUAUCGUCGUCCUUGGACUCCGAGCAUUCCGAUUCGGAGGAUCCUGGGCGGACGGCGGAGCGUCGGCGGACAAAGAAAAGGGGGAGAAAGCCUGGGAGCGUGCGGGAGAAUCCGGUGAAUCACGUGGAGGCGGAGAGGCAGCGGAGGGAGAAGCUUAAUCAUCGUUUCUACUCUCUGAGAUCAGUCGUCCCCAAUGUGUCGAGGAUGGACAAGGCCUCUCUUCUUGCAGAUGCAGUUUCGUACAUCAAGGAUUUGCGGGCGAAGGUGGAGGAGCUGGAAGCAGAAGCUAAGCGAGCGAGGAAAGAGGUAGUGGUGGAAAAAGGUGGAUCUCCGAGGAGCAUCAUAAGCGGCGGGCCGGCGACCAUUGAAGUUGAGGUGAAGCUUCUCUGCUCCGACGCCAUAAUCAGGGUUCAAUCUGAGAACUUAAGCCAUCCUCCGGCGAGGCUAAUGGCGGCUCUGCGUGAUCUCGACCUCUUGGUUCAUCACGCCACGGUUUCUGGAGUGAAGGAUAUGGUGAUACAGGAUGUGGUUGUUCACGUUCCCGAUGCCCAACAGGGAGAAGAGAGUCUCCGGUGUGCUCUGCUUGCGCGACUUGAGAAGAACUGAUUAAUUUACUUUGGGAUUCCGCUCGCCAUUCCGGCGAGCUAUGAUGAUUGAACAUAGGAGAAUAAAGAAGAAGAUGUGGGGAAAAAAAGGAAUUAUGUCCCAAGAUUGUUCCUUUUUGAAUCUCUUGUAGGGUUGGAGCUCGAUUUGAGGUUUGAUGAGUGUUUUAAGGCAGGGUUUAUAAAUUAAAUCUUUUUUCUUAUUUUUUUUGGCAAAAAAUACAGAGCAAGGAAUUGCAAAAGCAUCAUCUGAUAAUUGAGAGAUUUACUCAUGAUACCAAAAAAAGAUUUGCUCGAUAAUCCAAAAAAAAAAAUGCAAAAUGAUAAUUCUGGUCUUCCUGAUUCUAUGGAGCCGAGGGUGGGAAUAAUUAUAAGAAAAUGG